GAAAUGGGGACAGGGCAGUUUUUGAGAAGGUAGGGUAUACUAUUUUAUCAAACAUAUACCAUCACGAUCAAUAGGCAUAUUUAUGGUCCCCGAACAGUUUUCCCCGUUUCGGAAAUACGCUGAGCUCGGGUUGCGCGCGCAAGUAAGUGUUCACGACGGAAAUGCUUGCGCGAGACAGGAGAGCGAAACGAGGGAGCGAAAACGGAGCGGAAUUAGUCAAGAGGAGAGAGGGUGGAGAACAGAGGAGAGGGGAAAGAAAGAGUUUGUGGUACGACGGCUGUCGGAGUCUUGGGCCUCGGUGGACGUGGCUUGGCUGAUUGAGUCGAAAGCGGCGAAAAACCCGAGACGAAAGGUUACCAAUAACAGGCAGGAAGAGAAAUGAAUCGGGACGCCAGCAGGAAUUGCACAGCUCAAUAUUUUCCUUGAUGAAAGGAUAAAGCUUCACCUCAACUGAACAGCAGUGUUGAAAUUUUGGGACUUUUAUUCAAGACUGGAGUAAGCACCAACCUAAGGCAAGCCAGAUUCAUUGUAUGGAACUUGAACAAUUUGACCCGACUGUGCAGCAGUCUGUCCACAUGGCAGAGUUGGAAGCUGAAAGUAUUACACUUGGACUGAACACACUAGCAUCAGAGUGUGUUACAGCAAGCCUUAACACACUAGUUUCUGAUUGUGUCAUGCCAAGUCUCAAUACACUGGCUUCUGAAUCUCUCAUGCCCAGCCUUAACUCACUCACACCAGAUUGUGUGACAUCAACUCUUAAUACCUUGACAUCUGAGAUCGUUGAGCCUAUGGUCAUGUUGCCAUGUGUGAAAAGUGAACCUAACCUAGACACGAUUCGUACUGUGGACCUUUCUGAAAUACAGCCUCUGAGCACUGCCGAGCUGGGUUCUGAGCAAAUAAAAAUGGAAAUCAGUGGCCUUGAUUACAUCAAAUCUGAGCACCACAGUGAACUCCAUUUUCUUCAUGGUACAGAGUUGGAGACCUACAAGGGGCAAUAUGAAUCGAGUUUGGUGUUUGAUUACAUUACUCAUGUGUCUGACAGUCUGGAAUACAUCAAGUCAGAGCAUCAUACUGAUCUUCAGUGUUACUAUGCUGCUGACCUGGGCACAAUUAAAGGUGAAUAUGAAUCUAACUUGAUAUCUAGUCACAAAAUGGAGAUGAAUGGCUUAGAGUCUAUUCAUAUGGCUGAGCUUAGGACAGAGUUAAACAAGCUCAGACCUGACAGUGUCAUAGAUUGCAUAGGGAAAGCAGAUCCUGAGUUUGGUGCUGGAAGCCCCUAUGAUUUGCCAUCUGUCCAGGAUGGUAAAGGGAAUGUUGGCCAUGGUAAAACUGGGGGAAAGGUGCAGAGCACAUCGCAGCGCAAACCACGUAACCUAACUGGUGAAAAGCCGUUUUCGUGCACUCAGUGUGGGAAAAACUUCAGCACUUUAGGAAACCUGAAGACACACCAGCGCAUUCACACAGGAGAGCGGCCCUACAGCUGCUCCCAGUGUGGAAAGAGCUUUGGUCAGGCAGGAAAUCUAAAGAGGCACCAACUUAUUCACACAGGACAGCGACCAUACAGCUGCAAUCACUGUACAAAAGGCUUUACCAAAGCUGAUGACCUAAGGGCUCAUCAGAGGAUCCACACUGGUGAAAAGCCCUACAAUUGUACUCAGUGUGGCAAGACCUUCAGUCAGCAGAAAGAACUGAAAGUCCACCAGAUGGGUCACACUGGAGAACGGCCCUUUUACUGCAGUCACUGUGGAAAAAGCUUCAGUAAGGAGAAUAGUUUUAGGACCCACCAGCAAAUUCACACUGGGGAAAAACAGUACAGCUGUUCCCAUUGUGGGAAGACUUUCAGCAACUCUGGAGUUCUAAAAACACAUGAGAAGAUUCAUUCUGGAGAGAGACCUUUUUGCUGCAGCCAAUGUGGUAAGAGCUUUGGCCGGUUAGGACAUCUUAAAGCACAUCAGCAAAUUCACACUGGAGAGCGGCCCUAUUCCUGUCUUCAGUGUGGGAAGAACUUUAGUCAGUCAGGCCACCUAAAAGCACAUGAACAAAUUCAUAAAAGAGAGAAACCAGAAAGUUCUAGCAGUGGCAGUUGUAAAAAAUAAUAGCAAUUAACAUUUUUAACUUAGUAUUACUGUUUUUAUAAAUGUAUUUUUUCCAUAUUUUUCUUGGCUAUCAGUUAUAACUGAUUUGUUUAUGCAAGUGUCUGAUGAGCUACAAUGAUGGAACCAAGGGACUGACAGACAGCUUUGUCAUCUGUCUACACUGUACUGUAUGGAAUGCAAUUCCAGCUGUAUUCCUCUUGUAGCUAUUCACUGUGUAUACCUUAAUAUUCUGUAAAUUCUAAACCAUGUACUGAAAAGUUAUUAAACUAAAAUAACAGCCUAAA